AUGGGCCGCAGUCGGGCGGCUGAGCUGCUCCUCCUGCUCGCGACCACGACCAGCGCUUUAUACACGGGCGCCGGCUUCCGCGUCGUGCGCUGCUUCCCGGAGCUGAGCCGCCGCGCCGCGGACGCCGCCGUCGCCGCCGGCCGCGUGCGGGUCAACGGCGAAACGGCGAAGCCGUCGCUGCGCCUGCGCAGCGGCGACACACUCGCGCUCGACGGCAAGAAACGGGACUGGGAGGCCCUCGCCGCGAAGCUCGAGGGCGGCGGCGGCCUCGAGUACUACGCGUACCACAAACCGGAGGGCGUGGCGUGCACGACGGACGCGAACGACCGGCGGUCCCUGCGGCGCGCGCCCGCGCUCAAGAAGCUCUUCGCCGGCGGCAAGCGCAUCUUCCCCGCGGGCCGCCUCGACGUCGACUCCUGCGGGCUCGUGGUGCUGACGAACGACGGCGCCGCCGCGGACGCGGCGCUGCAGCCGUCGUCGAAGUUGGCGAAGGUCUACGAGGUCGAGCUCGACCGCCGCGCCGCCGACGACGACGUCGCCGCGCUCGCGGCGGGCGUCGAGAUCGCGACGCCGCUCCAGCGCGGCUCGAAGGCCGAGAAGACGGGAAAAACGCUGCCCUGCGACGUCGCGCGCGGCGACGGCCGCGGGCUCGUGAUCACGCUCGCCGAGGGCCGCAACCGCCAGCUGCGGCGCAUGGCCGAGGCGCUCGGCUACGAGGUCACAGGCCUGCGGCGCGUCGCCUUCGGGCCCGUGUCGCUCGGCGACCUCCGUCCGGGGACGCUGCGGCCGCUCGCGGCGGCCGAGGUCGACGCGCUCCUCGCGCACAAGGACAAGGUCGCCAAGGCCAAGCGCGGCGGCGGACAGCGGAGGCGGCCGCGGACGUAA